GACGAGGCCGCGGCAGUCGCGAGCGAGCAUCCCUAGCGCUUGCUUGCAGGAGCUGCGUCUGCAGUAGCCUGGCCGCUGACGCUGCGUGCAGGCUGGCUGGGCAGCCUGCGACCUCGCUGGCCCCGCGCCCGCUGCUAGCCGCCGGCUCCCCACCUGGUUCGCACCUAGUCCCAGCCCGGGUCGCCUGCCGAGUGCGCGCCAUGGGGCCGCCGCCCGGGAUCGGGGUCUACUGCCGCGGCGGCUGCGGAGCUGCCCGGCUACUGGCUUGGUGCUUCCUUCUAGCUCUGAGUCCGCACGCGCCCGGUUCCCGGGGAGCCGAAGCCGUGUGGACCGCGUACCUCAACGUGUCCUGGCGGGUUCCGCACACCGGAGUGAACCGCACGGUGUGGGAGCUGAGCGAGGAGGGCGUGUACGGCCAGGACUCACCGCUGGAGCCCGUCUCCGGGGUCCUCGUACCGCCCGACGGGCCCGGGGCGCUCAACGCCUGUAACCCGCACACCAAUUUCACGGUGCCCACGGUUUGGGGGAGCACGGUGCAAGUAUCUUGGUUGGCCCUCAUCCAACGCGGUGGAGGCUGCACCUUCGCGGACAAGAUCCAUCUGGCUUCCGAGAGAGGGGCUUCUGGAGCGGUCAUCUUUAACUUCCCUGGGACCCGCAAUGAGGUCAUCCCCAUGUCUCACCCGGGUGCUGGAGACAUUGUUGCAAUCAUGAUUGGCAAUCUGAAAGGAACAAAAAUUCUACAGUCUAUUCAAAGAGGCAUCCAAGUCACAAUGGUCAUCGAAGUAGGGAAAAAACAUGGCCCUUGGGUGAAUCAUUAUUCAAUUUUCUUCGUUUCUGUGUCCUUUUUCAUAAUUACGGCAGCAACCGUGGGCUAUUUCAUCUUUUAUUCUGCUCGAAGAUUACGAAAUGCAAGAGCUCAAAGCAGGAAGCAGAGGCAGUUAAAGGCAGAUGCUAAAAAAGCUAUUGGAAGGCUUCAGCUGCGCACCUUGAAACAAGGAGACAAGGAAAUUGGCCCUGAUGGAGAUAGCUGUGCUGUGUGCAUUGAGCUCUAUAAGCCAAAUGAUUUGGUGCGCAUCCUAACCUGCAAGAAACUGAGGAACCUAGUGGAUGUUGAAGAUGGAUCAGUGUCUUUACAAGUUCCUGUUUCUAAUGACGCAUCUAAUACUGCCUCUCCCCAUGAAGAGGACAAUCGCAGUGAGACUGCAUCAUCUGGAUAUGCUUCAGUACAAGGAGCAGAUGAACCACCUCUGGAGGAACAUGCGCAGUCAGCAAAUGAAAAUCUACAGCUGGUAAACCAUGAAGCAAAUUCUGUGGCCGUGGAUGUUGUUCCCCAUGUUGACAACCCAACCUUUGAAGAAGAUGAAACUCCUGAUCAAGAGGCAGCUGUUCGGGAGAUUAAAUCUUAAAAAUCUGUGUCAAUAGAAAACUUGAACCGUUAGUAACAACAGGACUGCCAAUCAGGGCCUAGUUUACUCUGAAUGAACUGGGUAAACAUAAAACAAGAAUGAUACUGAACGUGCUGAGGUGACUUAUAUUCUACUAUAGUUAAAUGGCUUAACAUAUUUACCCCAGUACCGUUUUCCACAAACUCACUAUAAUGUUUUUCAUAGGCAAGUUUCCUCUUGGUGAUAGUGAUAGCAACAUUUUUAAACAUUCAGAACCGUCUAUGAGUAGUCAGGUUUUUCAUUUACAACAACUUUGUUAUAAAAAAUAUGUUGCUUUAAAAAUGUGGAGUAGCUGUAAUCACUUUGUUUUGUGAUAGUAUCAUAAUUAAACAAUACUACUACUUUAGCUUGGGCUCUAUGUGUCGGGGUUUGUCUCCAGGUGCUUAUAUUGAUCUGGAAUUUGUUUUAAAAAAAAAAAAAAGAAAAAAAAAGCAAUGCGAACUUAGGCAUUAAGUUGAUAGUACAAGAUUAAAGCAAAAUACUCAUUUUAACCUUUUCAUUUUAAAAUUAAGCUGUGUAUGUAUUUCAUGUGAGUGUUGAGCAUAGUUUGUCAGAAAAAUAUGAACUGAAUUGGUUGAUCAGUAUAUUAGUGACACCACACAAGAUUAUAGACAUAAAAAGUUUCUUACAAAAAUAUUCUAAACUAUUUCUCAAGCUUGAUGUUUUCAAAAGCACAGGAUAGAAACUACCAUCAAAUUUGAAAAUAGUAAUAGCUGAACUAAAUCGUAGAAAAUUGGUAACUGGUUACAGUGCAGAAUUCAUCUGCAGAGAAUAUUCUGUAGAAUGUGUCUGUGGAAAAUAGUUUCCAAACAAUGUUGACCUUGAAAACUGAGUUUACAUUUGGCCUUGUGGUCUCUAAUUACAUGAAAUUUAAAUUCUGUCCAUCUAUCUAUAAUUUUGUGAAUGCAUUUGUUGGUGUUUGAAAAAGAAUCAAGGGAAGGGGGGAUUCCAGGUGCCUUAAUAUAAAGUUUGAAGCUUCAACCACCAAAGUUAAAUAGAGCUAUUGAAAAGAUGCACUUUAUUUCUACUUUGUGUGGCUGUGUUUUGUUCCCAGUGCAAAUUCCCACAGGAUUUAGACAAAAAUAGAACAGACGUGUAUUUUUGUUUGCUGACUAUAUAAUGGAUGAAACCAUUGCACUCUUGUACACUGAUUUGAAAAUGCUGUAAAUAUGCCCCGAUUUGUACUGAUUCUCUUUAAAUAUAAAAUGUAAAUAAAAUAUUCCAAUGAAA